AUGGCGUUGGGGCUGCUCAUCGCCGUGCCGUUGUUGCUGCAGGCGGCGCCCCCCGGCGCAGCGCACUACGAAAUGAUGGGCACCUGCCGCAUGAUCUGCGACCCAUACAGCGCCGCACCCGGCGGAGGGCCCGCGGGCGCCAAGGCGCCGCCGCCAGGACCCAGCACUGCCGCCCUGGAAGUCAUGCAGGACCUGAGCGCCAACCCUCCGCCUCCUUUCAUCCAGGGACCCAAGGGCGAUCCAGGGCGACCCGGCAAGCCCGGGCCACGGGGGCCUCCUGGAGAGCCGGGCCCGCCUGGACCCAGGGGUCCCCCGGGGGAGAAGGGCGACUCGGGGCGGCCCGGGCUGCCAGGGCUGCAGCUGACCGCGGGCGCUGCAGGCGGUGUCGGGGUGGUGGGUGGCGGAACCGGGGGCGGCGGCGACUCUGAGGGCGAAGUGACCGGCGCGCUGAGCGCCGCCUUCAGCGGUCCCAAGAUCGCCUUCUACGUGGGUCUGAAGAGCCCCCACGAAGGCUACGAGGUGCUCAAGUUCGACGACGUGGUCACCAAUCUCGGCAAUCACUACGACCCCACUACCGGCAAGUUCAGCUGCCAGGUGCGCGGCAUCUACUUCUUCACCUAUCACAUCCUUAUGCGCGGCGGCGACGGCACCAGCAUGUGGGCGGACCUCUGCAAGAAUGGGCAGGUCCGGGCCAGCGCCAUCGCGCAGGACGCUGACCAGAACUACGACUACGCCAGUAACAGCGUGGUGCUGCACCUCGAUUCGGGAGACGAGGUGUACGUGAAGUUGGACGGCGGGAAGGCGCAUGGAGGCAAUAACAACAAGUACAGCACGUUCUCGGGCUUUCUUCUGUACCCGGAUUAG